UCCAUCUCCCGGCAUGCCGAGCGGGCGGAGCAAGCGCAUGCCCGCCCUUGCCAUAGUGCCCGGCGCUCACGCCUCCCCCUCAGCCGGGCUGCGCGCGGCGGAGCAGCAGUUACACCAUGGAGGCCGUUCCACAGCCACGGCCGCGGCCCGGCGGGACUGCCGCCGCCGCCACUGCUCCCCUGCCGCCGCAGCAGCCCCCGGAGCAGGAGCGGAAGCUGGAGCAGGAGAAGCUGUCGGGGGUGGUGAAGAGCGUCCACCGGCGGCUGCGCAAGAAGUACCGGGAAGUGGGAGACUUUGAUAAGAUCUGGCGUGAGCACUGUGAGGAUGAGGAAACUCUGUGUGAAUAUGCUGUGGCAAUGAAAAACCUUGCAGAUAAUCACUGGGCAAAAACUUGUGAAGGAGAAGGCCGAAUUGAAUGGUGUUGCAGUGUAUGCAGAGAAUAUUUUCAGAACGGUGGGAAAAGAAAAGCACUUGAGAAAGAUGAAAAAAGAGCACUUCUUGCUUCUAAGACCACUCCAGCUUUAAGUGUCCCCCAGGCUCCCAAGAUCGAAGAUCCCUUGCCAAACUCUGGCUUGACAAAUCAUGAAGCUGUAACAGAAGAAUUGCUCCACUCCUUGGGGAAGAUCAGGUUACUUGAUGUUGGUAGCUGCUUUAAUCCAUUUCUGAAGUUUGAAGAAUUUCUGACAGUUGGUAUCGAUAUUGUUCCAGCUGUUGAGAGCGUAUACAAAUGUGACUUCUUAAAUCUUCAGAUUCAGCAACCACUCCAACUGGCACAAGAUGCUAUAGAUGCCUUUCUUAAGCAACUGAAAAACCCUAUUGAUUCUCUACCUGGAGAACUAUUCCAUGUCGUUGUUUUCUCACUCCUCCUUUCUUACUUUCCAUCACCCUAUCAACGAUGGAUAUGCUGCAAGAAGGCACAUGAACUUCUCGUAUUAAACGGCUUACUGCUUGUAAUAACUCCUGAUUCAUCUCAUCAGAAUCGCCGGGCUGUGAUGAUGAAAAGCUGGAAAAUUGCCAUAGAGUCCUUGGGUUUUAAACGCUUCAAGUAUUCCAAGUUUUCUCACAUGCACCUGAUGGCAUUUAGGAAGACUUCCCUGCAAACAACAAGUGACUUAGUUAGCAGGAACUACCCAGGAAUGUUGUAUAUCCCGCAGGAUUUCAACAGUAUAGAGGAGGAGGAGUAUUCCAACACUUCCUGCUAUGUUCGAUCAGAUACAGAAGAUGAACAACUAGCUUAUGGUUUUAUGGAGCUACCUGAUGCUCCUUAUGACUCAGACUCUGGAGAAAGCCAGUCUAGUUCAAUUCCUUUCUAUGAGCUAGAAGAUCCUAUAUUGCUUCUAAGUUAAUGUAGUUGUUGAAAGGCCCUUUCAGUCAAACUCUUGCUUAACUGAUUUUGCUAUACUAACAUGGGCUCAACACACAAAAAUGGUUUGCAUAAAGAAAAUGCAAAGGUUUACAGA